UAACCUGUGAUUGGCCGGUCCCACUGUCACUCUAUGAGCGCCGAGGGAAAAGAAGGAGCCGUUGAUUGCUAGUCAAGAAACCAGUUUGUGAAGAUGUCGUCGUAUUAAUCCGAAACACACGUCACGACGGGGGUAGUAGGAUCCAUGGACAGAUGGAUAUAAGGAGAUUCUUCAAGAAAGGUGGCAGCUCCGCCACAAGAAAGCAGCAGCAGCCAUCAACUGAGUCUGGAACAAAGUGUGAUAAAGAGCAUCGUCAUCUGAAGGCUUAAUCCUAGAUCGUAAAGCAGCCCCUACAUGGUCCUAACGCAGAAAGCAUGAAGCUUAGAAAACGCUGGGGUGCACACAGAUGUGUGUGUUUAGUGGUGGGAUUGUUAAGUCUGCUAGGUCUGGUGAUGGUCUCUUGGUCUGAGAAAGAACCACUCAAACCUCUGGACUGGCAUGUCAGCCCUGAGUACAAAAAGCUCUUGCACCAGCAUGUGCAUAAAAUCCUGGGGCGUGAAUGUCACCGCGGAAGCACCAGGAAGGGUUUCAUGGAUCGACUCCCUGCUUCCAGUCACAUGACCCAGCCUUUCCUGUGGAAGAACACGCCGCCUUCCGAUGACCUUUUUCUGUAUCCACCCCCGUUUGGAUUUAAAAGUGUUCAGGGAAAAGUACCUGCUCUGCUUCAGCAGCUACCAGACCCCAAGUCUGUACCACCGCUCAGAAAGACUCCUGAUGAAUGCCAGCGUUGUGUGGUCAUCGGAAAUGGAGGUAUCUUAAAAGGCCUGGAGCUGGGUACUCUCAUCGAUCGUUUUGACACCAUUAUACGGUUAAACAGCGGCCCACUGGGAGAGUUCAUCAUUGACGUCGGGAAUCGAACAAGCAUCAGGAUGAGUUAUCCAGAGGGAACGCCGCCUCAUUGGCUUGACACCGACCCAGAAACUGUGUUUGUAGCUGUGGUGUAUAAAAGUGUAGACGUCAGCUGGAUCUCCGCCAUGAUCAACAAGCUGACUGUGCCUUUCUGGGACUGGCUCUUCUUCUGGCAGAACGUUCCAGAUGAAAUCCCCCUUGAACGCAACAGGUUCAGACUCCUAAAUCCACUUGUCAUCAAGGAGACCGCGUUGGGGCUGCUCAACUUCUCCCCACCUACAACACGUCUCUGGGGCUGGGACCAGAACGUACCCACCCUCGGCGUCACUGCACUGGAUUUAGCCAGUCUACUGUGCGAUGAGGUGAGCUUGGCAGGCUUUGGCUACAACCUGGCCCAGCAGGGGGCUCCGCUGCAUUACUACGAUCAGCUGUCCAUGAGCGCCAUGCUGUGGCAGAAGAUGCACAACGUCAGCAGGGAGACCCAACUCCUUAAAAGCCUCAUCAUGGAGGGAACCAUCACUGACCUGACGGGGGGGAUUCACUGCGCCUUCUGCCCCCGUUGAACCUCCCAAACUACAGGUAAAUCUCCAAAAAUUACAAUGUCAUGAAAAUAUUCAAUAUUUUAGAGUGAAAAGUUAGAUGAUUAUGUCUUGCAGAUAAUGAAAACCCAAAAUGCAAUGUAUUCAAAAAUGGGAUAUUGUAACGUUAUUGACUCAUGGGCGUUGGUUUUAUUAUAUAUAUACUUUUUAUUUUUCUACACAAAAUAAGAUGAAAAAUAAAUAAACAAAUCAAGAAUAAAGAAAAUCAAUCAGUAAUAAAUAAAUAUAAUAAUAAUAAUAAUAAAACGUCAAAUAAUAAAAACUUAUAGUUGGUGGGUAGACAAAUUAUUUUUUUCAGAUUAAAAUGAACAAAGCAUUACUAGAGCCCUGUAGACAUGACAAAACACGACUAUAGUCACAUUUAUACUCUUUUUAUUUACAACAUAUUGCGCAACUGCAGGGUCUUGAGACACAUGCUAACUCGCAAACUAGAGAGCUAGCAACCUAAACGGUAGCUUUAAGUUAUUUCCUUUAAACUUAAAUAGCCAAAAACUUACCACUUCCACACGGAUGGGGAGGAUAACUAUUAAGUUAUUUUACCUUUAACAUGAACAUUAAUCAAACUUAAUAAUUUUUUCUGGGUACAUGAUACCAUACAGCAUCCAUAUCAAACUUGCGCAGGCCGCACUAACAUUAAACUUUCAUAUCAAGGCGGGGGCCUCAAACUAGUGUCCUGCGGGCCACAUUUGGCCCGUGGGCUGCGUGUUUGAGACCCCUGGUUUAGAGAGAUUAAAAAAAAACAUUGCUCAUCCUGGGCUCCAUGUAUGUGUUUGCUGAUGUGACAUAUAACGUACACAUUGUAAAAUUAAUAUCUCACUAUAUUGUCGUGUCAAGUACCCGGCAUGCAAUGAUGGCACUUUGUAAAUAACAGUAACAACAAAAGGAGGCUUAAGUAUUGAAUGCUGGGAAUGAACAUAGUAUUAAUAAGGAUGACCUUUCUCUUUAAAAAAAAAAAAAACUAAAAAAAAUCUUAAAAUCCAUUUUGGGUUUUCAUUUUCUGUAUCCAACAUUGCAAGAAAUAAAGUCUUGAAAUAUUUCACUCAGUGUCAUGAAUCUAUAAACUCUAUUGGCUUCUGAAAUCACUACAAAUACCAAGCAUUUUUGGAGAUGUACCUGUACUUUACUGCAAUGCACUUUCUCUGAACUGCUUUUUCAAAGGCCAAGUACUAAAUGUAGUGACACAAAAAUAAUUGUAUGUUGAAAUAUUUUUAUUUUAUUUUUUUGUGAUUGUCCAAAGAUGCCUUUUGAAAUAUUAAAGCUCCACAGUUUGCAGAUGUUUUAACCAUAAGACCAAUUGCAUUAAAUAAUACAAACUAAUCAAUACUAACCUCCAUAUAUAUAUACACGUAUAUAAGGUAUUCUCUGAGCUGCCUAUAGUCCAUCAGAAAGCAAAUGUCAUUUUUUUUUUGUCUUAAUGACUUUUUAGAUUGCAAUACAUGUAUUUAUAUGAAAUAAAUAGUUGAUUAUUAAGAAAAUGGGUGUUGAGCAGAUAGACCAAAACCAAAGAGCUAAUUCUGACUACUUUUAAAGUCAUCAAAUGCGUCUUCAUUUGGACGCAUUUGUUUGAGCAAAGUAUUAUGCUAACGCAGCAUUACUGCCGAUUUAUUUAUUUCUAUUUGUAUGGGGGUGUUUUUGGUCCAUCUUAUCAAUGUUUACAUCAAUCUAUACUUUUACUUUCUAUAAACCUCAACCCUAAAUGCUGUGUUUUGUGUUACUAAUGUGAAAAUAUACAUAUUUUUUUUUUGUUUUUGGAAUGUAUUGUCAUUCGGGAGAUGGCUGCUUUUUGUUAUUUUAGAAAGUCAAAGCGAGAACAGGUGGUCCUCGGGUUACAUUUAUUACCGUCACUUUCAUAGGAGCAGAUCCUUUAACAGGCUACCAGGAUACUGCAGAGACCUGACACUUAUGUGUCGUGAUAGAAUUUUGUGAUUUUCCAUCGAUAGCGACUUUUAUAUUUGAUUCCAGUUGUAAUAGCUGGAAUAGCUCAAGUAAAUUGUGUACAACCUUUUGUUUAUUUUUGCAAUAAAGAGGCCCCUCCUCUUUUAUUCUUACAACGUCCAAGUAGACAUUACAUUAAAAAAAUUGAUCCUUAAUUAAUCCUUCUAUCCAUUUUUAUUUUAGUUUAUUUUUAUGUCAUUGUCCAAAGAUGCCUUUUGAAAUAUUGAAACUCCACAGUUUGCAGAUGUUUUAACCAUAAGACCAAUUGCAUUAAAAAAAAAAUUGAUCCUUAAUGAUGCUUGCAACUUGCGGCCCGCCGGCCAAAUGCAGCCCGCGAGACGCUACUUUGAGGCCCCCACCUUGAUACCAAAAGUUUAAUGUUGAAAUGACAGCUUAAAGCUGUAUGCACACCGGACACAAUUAACAUGAUUUUGCCCCGCCCAUACUGUUACCCUACCCUGUUACCCCCGCCCUGUUUUGCUUUGGAUUAGCAAUGAAGCUAAAGGCUUAUAUGAUGCUGGGUACAAAUAAAUGCAGGAAAUGAUUUGGAAUAAAACGGAAAAUACACGUCAAGAUAAAGCAUCUCAUCAAACAUGUUGUUAAAGUUACGGCGCUGCUCCCAGAUGGAACUGAGUACGAUGCUAACUUGCUAAUUGGGUCAAAUUAUUAAGUUUCAUUAAUGUUCAUGUUAAAGGUUAAAUAACUGUUAAUACUGUACAUUUGAAUCUGAAAAAAAUAAUUUCUCUACCAACUGUAUGUGGUUUCUUACGUUUUUCUUAUUUGCUGUUUUAUUAUUAUUUUACUUAUUUAUUACUGAUUGAUUGAUUUAUUGUCUUUAUUCUUAAUUUGUUUAUUUAUUUUUUAAUCUUAUUUUGUGUAUAAAAAAAUAAAAUUUAAGAUAUUUGAGAACAGUGGAAUUUUUUAUCAGAUAUUUUGGUGUGGAAAACCAGAACCAAAAUACUGAAAAAGGGUAGGGUAUAGCAGAAGCAAAAGCAUUGAAGAUAGUGUUUUUUUUCCAGUUUUUAAUAAAUGCGUUUUGGGUUUUUUUUUUGAAAACCUGAUGCGGCCCGGCUUCACCCAGAACCUAGCUCCGGUGGCCCCCUGGUAAAUUGAGUUUGAGACCCCUGUUGUAGACCAAACUACAUUUUUUUUAAUGAAUUGACAGGACCACGUUCAUAAAAGAUUGCAACAUGGAAAUCUGUAAUCCGAGGACCACCUGCAGAUGUGAAACUCCUUUUGUGUCAUAGUAGUUAAUAAAUGCACUGAUUACAUGUUCACUUGUUUUUACAACUGAUGGUUCUUUUAACUUCAACAAAUAAAUGCAUGCAAAUGAACUUCCAAA